ACUUAAAACCCAUCAGCUUAAAUACCCCAUCCCUGUUCGCCGAACCAUACAACCUUGGUUCAUUCUUCUCACUGCCAACCCAACUAUACCGAAGAAGCGGUUGAAAGAAGUCUUUGUCGGAGCUUCGCCGGAAGGUUUCGUCAGGGAUUCAUCACAGGUCAAUUUGGGAUUCUUUGCCAAUUAAAUCGAGUUAUCGAAUUAUAAUAUGAUGUCGUUGGAAUUGGUUGAUCGAGGAAGGCCAGCUUUCCUGAUGUCAGACGAUGACGAUAGCUAAGUAUCGCCUAAAGCCUAUAUACGCCUAUGCUAGCUAUCUCCUUCCACAAUUCAUCCAUUCCAUCUCCGCUGCUUCGCCAGUUCGUCGUCGCCCAGGGGACGGGCCCCGGGAGGAAGUUAGUGGGGACUAAGAGUUGGAAUAACUUCGGAGUCAAACGGGGUACCGCAUGGCCAGGGCCAAGCACGGUCGAGUUGAUAACUGAUAAGUGGUGGUUGGUUUCGCCACUUGGAUUUUUGGCAUGUGUUGUCUGUAAGCAUCCUAUCCGAACAACUUCAUUCAUCGAUGAUACGGUCUUCAAGCAUCAAGGCUUCCUGAACACUUUCUGGUCCUGCCCUUAUCAUUAUUUUACAGCAACUUUUUUUUGGCUAUUUGGCCCAACUUUAUGUACUAGUUAGUUUGUGAAAAACCCAGAAUCCUCGUUUUUUGUUCAAUGGUAACUUUGAAACGCAUUAUAUGUUGUGUUUGACUUUUUGUAAUGUAAUGCUGCAGUCUUGUUCCUUUUUAUGCAUAAAAAGAGGUCAUGUGCGUACUGUAAACGGAGUUGUACAUUUUUCUUUUUGUAAUGAUGCACAGUCCUAUCUUACUGUGUUUCCGUAUAAGAGGAAAGGAAACUUUAUUAUUGUCAGAUCAAGAGAAAUGGAUUCACUCAUCAUCUUCUCAUUUGCUGUGUUUCUGUUCAUUCAAGCACUGUCAAUCUCUGCAAACAAAUCAACAUACAUCGUCCACUUUGACAGGUCGUUCAUGCCGGAAUCUUUUCCCACACAGGAACAAUGGUACUCCUCCAUUGUCCACUCCGUCAAACUGGAAACCUCUUCUUCAACAUCAUCAUCAUCAUCAACUGAACCAGCUGUCAAUAACCCAACCAGACUCUUGUACACUUACGAGCACUCCUUCCAUGGCUUCAGUGCAGUGUUGUCCGAGGAUGAGCUGGAAGCUCUGGAGAACACUCCCGGGUUUGUCUCGGCUUACCGAGACAAAACUGCCACUCUGGACACCACCCACACCUUCGAGUUCCUAUCUCUCGAUCAGGGAACUGGAAUAUGGCCCGCUUCUAGGUAUGGAGAUGGCGUCAUCGUGGGUGUCGUCGACACCGGUGUCUGGCCAGAGAGCAAAAGCUUCAAGGAUGACGGGAUGACCGAGGUUCCCGACAGGUGGGGAGGGGUAUGUGAGGAAGGGGAACAGUUUGAUGCCUCCAUGUGUAACAAAAAACUCGUCGGGGUUAGGUACUUCAACAAGGGAGUUUCAGCUGCAAAUCCAAACAUUACCAUUGCCAUGAAUUCUGGAAGAGAUUUUAUGGGCCACGGCACGCAUGCCUCGUCAACGGUUGCUGGAAACUAUGUCGAGGAUGUUUCUUUCUUUGGAUAUGCGCAAGGGACUGCAACAGGGAUAGUGCCAAAAGCUCGGGUUGCUAUGUAUAAGGUGGGUUGGGUUGAAGGGAUGUGCUCCUCUGAUGUCCUUGCAGGUAUAGACCAGGCCGUUGCCGAUGAAGUUGAUGUGAUUUCAAUUUCGAUUCGAUUUGAUUCGGUUCAUUUGUUUGAAGACCCGAUCGCGAUUGCUUCUUUCGGUGCUAUGGAGAAGGGCAUUCUUGUGUCUACAUCCGCCGGAAAUUCCGGGAUUGUCCCCGGAAAACUACACAACGGGAUCCCGUGGGUCCUAACAUCCGCAGCGGGUUCCACAGACCGUUGGCUAGCAGGGAAUUUGUCACUGGGAAACGGAGAGGAAAUCACGGGAUGGGCGAUGUGCCUUGGAGGAGAAAAGAACACAAUUCUUGAAAGACUGCCUCUCAUAUACAAUGAUGCAAUAUCUGCCUGCAAUUCCUCCCAGCAGCUUCUCUCCCAUUCUUUAACCAAUGGAAUCAUUGUUUGCGACCACACUGACCAAUUGUAUGAUCAAAUGAACAAUGCUUCCCGGAGUGGGUUUUCAGGUGGCAUCUUCGUCUCAGACAAUCCGGCUUUAUUCGAGAGUGCAAACCUGUGCUCAUUCCCUGGAGUUGUAAUAAGCCAGGAAGAUUCCUACAGGGUUAUCAACUAUGCCAGGACUGGUAGUGCCAACCCAUAUGUUAGCAUCACAUUUCAGCAAACUGUAUUGAGGGGAAAUCCUGCGCCGGUUGUCGCGUCCUACACAUCACGAGGCCCCGCCCCGAGUUCCCCGUGGGUCUUGAAGCCGGACAUCAUGGCUCCUGGUUCUUUGAUCUUAGCUUCCUGGAUUCCUGGAACCGAACCGUCAAGUUCUUUCAACAUGGUGUCUGGUACGUCGAUGGCUUGCCCCCAUUCUUCUGCCAUUGCUGCACUCCUCAAAGGGGCACAUCCAGAAUGGAGUCCAGCUGCAAUACGGUCAGCCAUGGUCACCACAGCCGUCCCAUAUGAUAACACAAAUGGUACGAUUAAAGACUCCGGUCUGAACUACACGGCUGCCACACCUCUGGCAAUGGGAGGGGGACUGGUUAACCCAAACGCUGCACUUGAUCCUGGGCUUAUAUAUGAUGCCACUCCUCAGUACUACAUCAAUCUUUUGUGUUCCAUGGAUUUCACCAAAACACAGAUUAUGAGCAUCACCAGAGCAAACAACUACGAAUGUGGAAACACAUCAUCUGUUGUCGAUCUCAAUUACCCGUCCUUCAUUCUGCUGUACACGGGCAAUGAAUCGACUGUGGCAGUGAACCAGACAUUCAUGAGGACUGUUACUUACGUCGGAGAUGGCCCCGCAACGUAUAGGAUUGACCAUGUUGUGUUACCUGCAGAUUCAGAGAUUUCGGUCAAUCCUAAAAGUUUAUCGUUCCAAACGAAGUACGAGACACAGAGGUACUCGCUGGUUGUAAGCUAUAGGGGUAACAGAAGCAGCGAAACUGCAUUCGGAUCAAUUGCUUGGGUUGAUGAGAGUGGUGAUCACAUAGUUAGAAGCCCAAUUGUUAUAUCAUCUAUGAUCCACAUCUGGUGAAUAUUUACAUCAAUUAUCAGAAGACAAGACAGUGCCAUUUCUGGGUAAACUUAGCUUGUUUAUA